CAGCGCAUGCGCAUCGGACUGAAGUGGGCGUCCCAGAAGAAGGCAACAUGGCGGCGUCGUCGUCGAGCAGCUUGAAGUUUGUGAUGCAGAAAGCGACGCUUCCUUCCCUGCUCGUCAUCUUAGGAGCUACUGGCACCGGCAAGUCCAAACUGGCCAUUGACUUAGCAACACGACUCCGGGGAGAAGUCAUCAGCGCAGACUCCAUGCAGGUCUACAAGGGUCUGGACAUCAUCACCAACAAGGUGACCGUGGAGGAGUGUGCCCAGUGCAGACAUCACAUGAUCAGCUUUGUGGACCCGUUGGUGAGCAACUACACGGUGGUGGACUUUAGGAACAAAGCUCUGACUCUAAUUGACGACAUGCAUGAGCGCAACAUCCUGCCAAUCAUUGUCGGAGGAACUAACUACUACAUCGAGUCCCUGCUGUGGCGAGUCCUAGUGGACGCUGGGGUGAGUCAUCCUAAAGAUGUUGAGAGCUCCAGAGAUGGAGCCACGGACAGGAAGGUGCAACUGGAGAAACUGGCAGGAGUUGAGUUACAUAAUCGACUGAUGGAAGUGGACCCCAAAAUGGCUGCCAUGUUGCACCCCAAUGACAAGCGCAAAGUUGCAAGAAGCUUGCAGAUCUAUGAUGAGACGGGCGUCCCUCACAGCUCCUGGCUGGAGGAGCAGCGAGGCCAGCAGGGAGGCGAUGGCCUUGGGGGCCCGCUGAGGUUCCAAGACCCUUGCAUCCUUUGGCUGCACGCUGACAUGGACGUGCUGGACAAGAGACUGGACUGUCGGGUAGAUGAGAUGCUGUCUGGUGGGCUGAUUGAAGAACUCCGAGACUUCCACGCACGCUUCAAUCAGAAGGAAGCCCAGAAGGACAGUCCCAACUACCAGCACGGAAUAUUCCAGUCCAUUGGUUUCAAAGAGUUCCACGAAUACCUGACGGCGCCUGAAAGCAUCACCCAGCAGGAGAAAGAAGUGCUGAAAAACAAAGGUGUAGAAGCUUUAAAGGUGGCUACCAGACGCUACGCUCGCAAGCAGAACAAAUGGGUCCGCAACCGAUUCCUUAAACGACCCGGAGAGUGUGUGCCAUCAGUGUACGGCCUGGAUGUGACGGAUGUGUCAAGAUGGGAGGAGACGGUGGUGAAGCCUGCACUGCAGAUAGUGGACAGUCUCCGCAAGCGUGAGCAGCCCGCGGUCAACGCCAUCAGGAUGCAGGGGGCGGAGCCAAGAAACACACGCAGCCACCACAUCUGCCACCUGUGCCACAAAGUCAUCAUCGGAGACCUGGAGUGGGCCGCUCACCUCAAGUCCAAGAAGCAUCACUUCCAGGUGAGGAAGAAGAAGAGAACAAGUGAAUGCAAGGAGUCUCAGAGUAAGCCUUCAGUUCCUCCUUCAGUUCCUCCAACAGUUCCUCCUUCAGUUCCCCCAACAGUUCCCCCAACAGUUCCCCCAACAGUUCCCCCAACAGUUCCCCCAACAGUUCCUCCAACAGUUCCUCCAACAGUUCCUCCAACAGUUCCUCCAACAGUCCCUCCUUCAGUUCCUCCAACAGUUCCUCCUUCAGUUUCUCCGUCAGAUGUUGAGAGUGAAACAAAACUCUCCACACACUAGCAAGCUGCUGGCACAUGGAAACAAGCACCAAGUCUUCUGCUGGCACAUUAAAAAAAGGACUUUAUCUUCACCAGACCAGGUUGUCAAUGAAAGUGGAUUGUUUAAAGGCCUGUCUCAACACAUCUGUUACUGGAUCAAGGACUUUCUAACGGACCGCCCUCAGAGGGUGAAGGUCGAACUGUUACUGGAUCAAGGACUUUCUAACGGACCGCCCUCAGAGAGUGAAGGUCGGACUGUUUCUGGAUCAAGGACUUUCUAACGGACCGCCCUCAGAGAGUGAAGGUCGAACUGUUACUGGAUCAAAGACUUUCUAACGGACCGCCCUCAGAGAGUGAAGGUCGGACUGUUUCUGGAUCAAGGACUUUCUAACGGACCGCCCUCAGAGAGUGAAGGUCGGACUGUUUCUGGAUCAAGGACUUUCUCACGGACCGCCCUCAGAGAGUGAAGGUCGAACUGUUACUGGAUCAAGGACUUUUUGACGGACCGCCCUCAGAGAGUGAAGGUCGAACUGUUACUGGAUCAAAGACUUUCUAACGGACCGCCCUCAGAGAGUGAAGGUCGGACUGUUUCUGGAUCAAGGACUUUCUAACGGACCGCCCUCAGAGAGUGAAGGUCGGACUGUUACUGGAUAAAGGACUUUCUAACGGACCGCCCUCAGAGAGUGAAGGUCGAACUGUUACUGGAUCAAGGACUUUCUAACGGACCGCCCUCAGAGAGUGAAGGUCGGACUGUUUCUGGAUCAAGGACUUUCUAACGGACCGCCCUCAGAGAGUGAAGGUCGGACUGUUUCUGGAUCAAGGACUUUCUAACGGACCGCCCUCAGAGAGUGAAGGUCGAACUGUUACUGGAUCAAGGACUUUCUAACGGACCGCCCUCAGAGAGUGAAGGUCGACUGUUACUGGAUCAAGGACUUUCUAACGGACCACCCUCAGAGAGUGAAGGUCGACUGUUACUGGAUCAAGGACUUUCUAACGGACCGCCCUCAGAGAGUGAAGGUCGAACUGUUACUGGAUCAAGGACUUUCUAACGGACCGCCCUCAGAGAGUGAAGGUCGAACUGUUACUGGAUCAAGGACUUUCUAACGGACCGCCCUCAGAGAGUGAAGGUCGGACUGUUUCUGGAUCAAGGACUUUCUAACGGACCGCCCUCAGAGAGUGAAGGUCGAACUGUUACUGGAUCAAGGACUUUCUAACGGACUGCCCUCAGAGAGUGAAGGUCGAACUGUUACUGGAUCAAAGACUUUCUAACGGACCGCCCUCAGAGAGUGAAGGUCGGACUGUUUCUGGAUCAAGGACUUUCUAACGGACCGCCCUCAGAGAGUGAAGGUCGGACUGUUUCUGGA